CGGCUGAGGCGACGAGCGCUGUGGCGGCGACUGGGGCGGCAGAGGAAGGCGGCGGCGGCGGCGGUGGCGGCGGCCCGGUCCGGAGUCCCGCUCCGCUCCCCGCGCCAUUUCGGACCCGGAGCGAGCUUGGCGCGGGCCUUAAGGAGGCGGCGGCGGCGGGAGCCUGAGGCGCGGAGGCUCCGCGGCGCGGAGAGAGAGGCCUGCUGAAAAUGACUGAGUAUAAACUUGUGGUAGUUGGAGCUGGUGGCGUAGGCAAGAGUGCCUUGACGAUACAGCUAAUUCAGAAUCACUUUGUGGACGAAUAUGAUCCUACAAUAGAGGAUUCCUACAGGAAACAAGUAGUAAUUGAUGGAGAAACCUGUCUCUUGGAUAUUCUCGACACAGCAGGUCAAGAGGAGUACAGUGCAAUGAGGGACCAGUACAUGAGGACUGGGGAGGGCUUUCUUUGUGUAUUUGCCAUAAAUAAUACUAAAUCAUUUGAAGAUAUUCACCAUUAUAGAGAACAAAUUAAGAGAGUAAAAGACUCUGAAGAUGUGCCUAUGGUCCUAGUAGGGAAUAAAUGUGAUUUGCCUUCUAGAACAGUAGACACAAAACAGGCUCAUGACUUAGCAAGAAGUUAUGGGAUCCCAUUCAUCGAAACCUCAGCAAAGACAAGACAGAGAGUGGAGGAUGCUUUUUAUACAUUGGUGAGAGAGAUCCGACAGUACAGAUUGAAAAAAAUCAGCAAAGAAGAAAAGACUCCUGGCUGUGUGAAAAUUAAAAAAUGCAUUAUAAUGGGUGUUGAUGAUGCCUUCUACACAUUAGUCCGAGAAAUUCGAAGACAUAAAGAAAAGAUGAGCAAAGAUGGUAAAAAGAAGAAAAAGAAGUCAAAGACAAAGUGUAUAAUUAUGUAAAUACAAUUUGUACUGUUUUCUUAAGGCAUACUUAAGUAAAGGUGGUAAUUUUUGUACAUUACACUAAAUUAUUAGCAUUUGUUUUAGCAUUACCUAAUUCUUUUUUUCCCCUGUUCGUGCAAACUGUCAGCUUUUAUCUUAAAUGCUUAUUUUAAAAUGACAGUGGAAACCUCUUUAUUCCAAGUGCCAGUAUUCCCUGGGUUUUGAACUUAAACUAGCAAUGCCUGUGGAAGAGACAAAGUCCUGAGACUGUCUUGGGUUCUGGUGUGUGCCCGUGAUUCCUUGCUGCUUCUUGUACCAGCUGUGAGCGUUGGCGUGAACCAUGGUAAUGAAGCUUUUGAGCCAUCCUGCUUUGUGUUCAUCUAGUCACAGAAUGAAUUACUUAGUAAUUACAGCUUCAUCUGAGACCAUAUGAUUGGUUCUGCUAAGACUGAGGAAUCACAGAUUUAUGGGCUUCCCUUUGAUUUACUUCUAGCAUGUCCGGAGUCUAUCAUGCUUCGUAAGUGUAGUUAGUUAGACUGUUCACAAAGGCUUUCUCUUGCUUUCUACUGCUAUUAGUCAUGGUCAUGCCCCAAAAUAGUAUAUUUUUUCUAGAAAAGGGGGAAAAUGGGGAAAAAAAAAGGCAAUGGAAAAUAGUGAAUAAAAGUCCAUUCCAUAUUAGCUAAAUCACUGUAAGAUUCCUAAUAGCUUUUCCUGGUAAGGCAGACCCAGUAAGAAAUAGUAACCAUUUGGGCUAUAUUUACAAGCUAUUAAAUUUUUGUAAUAAUUCCAACAAUUUUAACAUUAUAUAAGUUCUCAUGAGAAUUAGUAUAACCCCCAUGUCAGAGUGCUCUUCCUUAGCCUAACUUUUAAGUGUUUUGAACUUAUGUCUUGAUAGUAGUUUUAAUUCUGGUAGAGAAACUGAAGAUGAUUUGAGACAGUUGCAGCUUAACAGGUGUUGAGAUCAAAGUUGCAAGAGUGGGCCUCAUGUGACCUGUGAUGAGCAUCAAGUCAGUGUUGGUCAGGAUGAGGACAAGGAGAGUUUGGACAGCUCAGUCAGUGCAUUCUCAUGUAGCAGUUCUGCUGACAAAUCUGGAAUAUUUCUUUUGUUUAUAAUAAAAAAAAUUUAAAUAAAUUUGUUAGCUUCAAGGGGUAGGAGGCUACAAGGAGAGUAAAUCUUUAGGCAGUGUAGUAUGAAGGUUUGAGAAUGUGUGUUUGACUAGUCUCUGACCUCUAGCAAACAUUCCUAAUACUUCCCAAGCUGAUAUGUACUUAGAAAUCUCUGUGCUCCAAGGAUAGAUAACAGCAAAAGCAAUCCCUUCAGUGCACUUAAAGCAUUCCUUCAAAUUUCUGAAGUGACAUUAAAAUCCACUGGAUUAUGAGGACUGGAUGUCUGUCUUUUAGAAGUCUGAUGUUAGGCAUAUCACUGUCUUACUCAGUGCUCAGUCAUCUCAAAAACUCUUCACAGCUGUGUAACUUAUAGUCCGUUUACACACUGAUACACCGAGUUGUCACGCUUAGCACAAUCUGUAACUUUUUUACAUGGAUUAUCAUCUUCACUGCCAGUUUUGGGCAAAAUUGUGCAAUAGGUAAAGUUUAUAGUUCAGUACCCAUUCUCCAAUUGCCAGAUUCCCUCUUGUAUGCCCCAGACUUAGUGUAGUUUCCUUGUAAUACUUUAAUUUCCCCCAUUUCAAAUUUUAUUUUUGCAAUGAACAACUACAUGAAAGUUGCCUACUAAGGAAGGUUCAUCAAAGCUGCCUAUGACUUUCUUCCCCGGGGUUUAAAAUAAUCCAACAGAAACCAGACUGGGAUUUGAACUGAUAGCUGGUUUUCAGGAGGCCACUACAGAAAUUUAAUGUUGAUCCCUUUUGACUUCAUGCCUGCAGCCCCAUCCAGUGGUGGCUAAGUAGGAAUUUUAGUGUGGACAAAGAGCACUGUCCGGAAGAAGAGCUUAGCCUCCAUCUGGGGAUCAUCCUGGUUGAUAAGAGUCCACUGUUUUAAUGAAUGCAGCCUUACAGUGAAAACACUUUAAAGUUUCAAUCAGAAACCUCAUUUUUAAAGUCAGAAUAUAUUUCCUUAGCAUUUAUUCAGUACUUGUCUUAAUGCUAGGCACCACACAGGCACUGGGGAUAUGAUGUGGUGUCCCCAGAGAAGGGACACAAUCCUUGGCCCGAGGUUUGUAGUGUGUUUGUAAUACUCUAGUAAGAUGUGUGGCCGAGGGCCUAAAAAUAUUAGAACGCAUGGUUUCAGUUUUGCGGAGAGGUGUUUGCAGUUUCCUCUCGAUUCAGCAAGAAUUGCUGGUUGUGAUUCCAGUGCAACUUUAUUUCUUCUAAAAGAACAGAAAUUCCCUAAUCUAGUUUUCUCCUUAAGUACAUAAUUUUUUAAAAAAACUUAUGAAAAUUAAAUAUUGACUUCUAAAAUAGUUUUAUUUGGGUACAAAUAAGCAGGCACCUGAAUUUAUUUGCAAGAAAAGAAAAUUAGUAGGAUUCUAAACUGUUCUAAGCUCUAUAUGUUCAUAGAACAUUCUUUCGGUGGAUAUUUUAAGUUUUAUUUUAAUAUGUGUGUAGGGUUUUUUGUUUUGUUUUGUUUUUUGCUUUUUUUUUUUUUUUUUUUUGCUGGGGGAGGAGGGUCCAAGAUCGGGCUUCUCUGUGUAGCCCUGGCUGGCCUGGAACUCACUCUACAGACCAGGCUGGCCUCAAACUCACAGAGAUCUGCCUGCUUGUGCCUCCCAAGUGCUGGGAUUAAAGGCCUGAGCCACCGCUGCCCAGAUAUUAAGUUUUAACACAAUUAGUGACGCUUCUUGUUUUUAUACAGAGGAGCAGGUGUACUUCAGGAGCUGCGGUGCAUAAUCAGAUAUUUACUGGAGACUCUGGGCAGUGUGUUAAGUAGUGGUAAUUACCAUUGUGUAAAUUUUGAAUAUUUAGUCUUUUGUUAACAAGAAGGUUUUGUAGAGAUUUUUCAAAGGGAAAAAGUCCGAGGAACAAACGUAAGUGCUAUCUAGUUACUACAGCCUGUUGAAAUUGAAAACCAGUGCUAAAUCACAGUCAUAGGCAUUAGCAUGUUUGUGGGGAUAUAGCAGACAAAUACAAUUUGAGUAAAUAUUUUCAGUCAGGAGUUCUAGGCUCUACUGACUUGAGUCACACCGCAUAGGGAUUUAGAUCCUAAUUUUUAUAGAUAAUUAAGACUUUUCACUGUUGCACAAUUUUGUUUAACAUACAUAAAAGUUACAUGAGGCAUGUCAGAAGUUACAGUUUGCAGAUUCAUCUCAUUUUGUAUUCCACUGAUUCUUCCAUUUUUCCCCCAAAACAAUAAUAUAUAUUCAGGAGGGAUUUUUGUAGGCAAUAAAAAUUUAAACUCCAUUUGUUAAAAGUAGUAAUUUCUUGAUAAUCGUGUAGCCAUUUUUUUUAAGCCCCAAAAGUUACCUUAAAGGUGAAUUUAUACUUACUGACUUCAGUGUAAUAUUAGGUAGCAUGAAUUCUGCGCUGAAAAAUUGAACAGAUAUACCCAGUAGGUGUAAAAUUAUGUCAAAACAUGAAAAUUAUUUCUAAAGAAGUGAUUUAGUUUUCAAAGAAUAGUUACUAAUUAGAUUCAGAUUUGUGGUGUGCCUGUUUGGGACAGCGGUAGGCAUUUUAGAUGAGUUUGGGAAAAUUCAGUUCUCUGCAGAAAUGCCAGUUUCAGACCCACCCAGCCCUGCCAGCUAACUGGGCUGUGUCCUGAUUUAUCUCCAGGUCCCCAAUUCCACUGUCUCAUUCUUCAUGUUGAAAACACUUCUGCAUUUUUAUUUGAGUGCCAAUUUCUUACUAGUGCUAUUUCUUAAUGUAACAUGUUUACCUGGAAUGUAUUUUAACUAUUUUUGUAUAGUGUAAACUGAAACAUGCACAUUUUGUACAUUGUGCUUUUCUUUUCUCUUUUUUUUUCUUUUUUCUUUUUUUGGUGUGUGUGGGACAUAUGCAGUGUGAUCCAGUUGUUUUCCAUCCUUUGGUUGUGCUGAUCUAGGGAAUGUUGGUCAUAUCAAACAUUAAAUUUAAAAAUGACCACUCUUUUAAUAAAUAUUAACUUUUAAAUGUUUAUAGGAGUAUGUGCUGUGAAGUGAUCUGAAAUUUGUAAUAUUUUUGUCAUGAACUGUACUGCUCCUAAUCAUUGUAAUGUAAUAAAAAUAGUUA